AUGGCGACAGGUGUGAUCCGCAGUUUCUUGGUCCAGCCUUUGAGCUACUUCCCCCUGAGCUCCCGGCCCUCUGUCCCGGACGAGGAGCAGACACUCCACCAUCCGGAGGAGAGCGACCAUGAAGACGAGGAAGAACUACAUGAAGAAGAGGAAGAAGAGGAAUCCUUCACAGACCCCGCCCCCAUGGACACCACCAAUCAGCUGCUGCGAUUUGCCGAUCUCAUCAGUCGUGACAUCCAGCAAUACUUCGGCCGUAGCCAUGGAGACCAAGACGCCUGUGACAUCUACAGCGACUCGGUCUCAUUGACGACUAGCGGGCGACUGCGUUACUAUGACGACCUGCUUAAAAUAGCCAAAGGAGGAACAGCGGAAGAAAGACACCAUGGUAGAGGAGUGAAUGCAGCGGAGAGACAGAGGUACAAGUCCUGUGAAGACGGCCGGAUUGUCACCUCUGCCGCCGGGAGCUGCAGCAGUCUGGGACCUCUGGCAGAACUGUUCGACCAGACGGGUGCGAGCCAGGGCCGCCCCAUGACCAAGAGACUGCUGCCACUGAGCUUCUGGACCGAGCCGAGCUCCGGAAUGAGCUGCGGCAGUGACAAGCCCCCCCCAGAGGGACCGCUGUUCCCUCACACGCACUUAGAGGAGGCGCAGAUGGACUUCAGUGACCUGUUGGCAUUCUGGGACACCCACCCGGAGCCCCCCCAGCCUCUGACCGACCACGACACCAGCAUGCAGCACUGA